AUGUCUAGUAAGUGCAUGGACGAAAGCCUGGAGGAAGGCUCUAGGCUGCAACAGCACUACUUCAACACAGAGAGCCGCGGCGUGGGGAUCAAGCAGAGUCAGCUCUCUGUGAGCUCCCGCAUUGUGCAAGAGGAUGAAUUGUUGAAAGCUGUGAGAAGCAACGAACCAUUGCGUCUAACGUUCACCCUCCACUUGACCGAGAGUACGUCCGUCGAGUGGGAGACCGUAGCGUGGCGCCGUUGUCUAUACAUUCGCGUACCGAGCUGCCUUCUGCCCGAAGGAUCAAAAGAGGGCUUUGUCUCCCUUCUGGAAUACGCCGAGGAAACGUUGCGCUGCACCAAUAUCAUCGUAUGCCUGCGUAAAGAUAGAUCUGACCGAGCAAUGCUGGUUCGUACCUUCAUGUUCUUGGGCUUCACGGUCCUGCCGCCGACUCAUGCCUUGGUACCGCCAGGCAGUGACGCGGGCAAUCUCUACAUGCUCUAUGCCAUCGAGUAAUCGGCAAGCAGCUCGGCACCUCUCAAAUUUAACGCGCAGGUACAGUCACAUAAACGGGUUUAAGGUAAAGUUCUGGAGAGGGCACGCCUGUGGACAGGGAAACGCGAUUGAUUCAAUGCACUUCUCUUUUAUAUUUUAAGUUUUUCUGUAUAUUUGUGUUUUUAUUGGAUAUGUGAAGAAAAUUGUCUUUUUUUUUUAUUUUGAUACGGUUUUUUACAAGAAGAAAUAUCGAGGACCUUUAACGACGCGAGGAAAGAACUCACACGUCAUCAAGCCGAUCACAUCGAAAAACACCUUUGCGUUAAAUUUCAGAGGCAUAACGGCGAAACAAAGAAAAAUAUAGUCGCGAAUACGUAGAGAACGCGUACAUAAAAGGCUUUCGAUGGGUAUAUCGAUUCAUUCUCUUGAACACAAUGUUAAUAACUCUUGUAAGAGCAUAUAAGUUGCUGACAAAGCUUCCCACGUGAAGGAAUUUGACGGAAUUUGUUACUAUGCAUUAAGAACUGUAUGUAGUGACAAACCGUCAAAUUUUAGAGAAAAUUUAUUAUCGACAAAUCUCAAUGUUAAUUGUGGCAGAUUGGGUAUCACCGUAUUAUUAUUAAUUUUAUUAUUAUUAUUGUUCUCAUUAUUAUUAUUAUUAGUGAUAUAGUAUAUUUCUUUACAUUAUUUGUAAGUAUUAUCGAUAUGUAUACCAUAUAACUACAUUUUAUAUUUGUUGUGCGGAUGUCGAUGAGAUUCACCCAGUGAGUUUAAUCGCUCUUUCCAGCCUUCCAUUAAAGAUUGCAUUAUUGAAGACAUAUCAGUUGACUCGUACGCUUCGUGAAAAAAUGGCGUAAUUUUCUUUUUCUUCCUAGUAGUUAUAUAUCGUACUUCAAUAAUUUACAACAGAGUCCGCGGAUUAAAAUAUUGCAAAAACAGCGGGUGAAAAUAGAAUAUUGUUCAUCGAGAUUCAUAGGGUCGCACCGGUUCAAACCGUAUACGUCACAAAUAUCACUCUUAUAUCGUUAACCGUAUAUGCAGAAUAAUAUAUUUCGUGCAAAUAUCUCAGCAAUUCAUAAUCGGAAGGUAUUAGAUUAUUAUAAAACUUAUUUAUCGUUAUAAUCCUUCAUUACAGUUAUUGUCUUAUUAACUCUGUUAAUGAUAGAUUCCUUAGAUAUAAGUUAGAGUAUCUGGUAAUCCCCAAUCAGUUAACAUUGGAGAGAUCUUGCUAAUAAAUGCGUUCUUUAGUGUUGACUCGAUAACAGACAACAUGAAAAAUAUAAAAAUACAAAAAAAAAAGGUGAAAAAUGUCAGAAAAGAAACAAAAAAGUGUUAAUAGCUUAUUAGGGAAUAGGUAAAGAUAAGUACAGAGUGACGGACUAUUGUAUGUUAACUUCACGCAAAUAAUUAUCAACUUGCCUCAAGUUUUUAAAUUGAUAAAUAAUUCCGUGCGUUUUAUCCCGUCAGUUAGUAUUAUAUAUUCAUACCUCUGACCACACAUAAAAAAUGGAUAUGUAUGCUACGUUUCUUAUUCAUACAUGAAGACAUAAUUGCUAAAUAAACAUUUAAUAAAACCCUUCA